AUCCGUCGCAGAGAAUAGACGUGCGUGCUGUGGCUGUGAAAUAUAUAAAACACAAAUAUAUAUAGGAAAUCAGUGUUUAUAGGCAGCGAGCUGCAAGAUUAAAAUAUAGAAAUUUAGCUACAUAUUUCUAACGCGUACUUGCCGUGUCUCCUCCACUCACGCACUCUCUCUUGACAACAAGCAACAUUAAAAUGCCGCAAAGGACCAAUGGACAUGGUGGCGCCAAUGGAUGCAAUGGCAGCAAUGGAAAUUCCUAUGAUAUGGAGGAUGGACAAACAUUCCUGUUUACUUCUGAAUCGGUCGGCGAGGGACAUCCGGACAAAAUGUGUGAUCAGAUCAGUGAUGCUAUACUGGACGCACAUCUGAGACAAGAUCCUAAUGCUAAAGUUGCUUGUGAAACGGUGGCCAAGACAGGUAUGAUCCUGCUCUGCGGUGAGAUCACCUCAAAGGCAGUUGUCGACUAUCAGAAGGUGGUGCGUGAUACUGUCAAGCACAUUGGCUACGAUGAUUCCUCCAAGGGUUUCGAUUGGAAGACGUUGAACCUGCUCGUUGCCAUUGAACAACAGUCACCCGAUAUUGCAAACGGUGUGCAUGUGAAUCGCGAGGAAGAGGAUGUUGGAGCUGGUGAUCAGGGCAUUAUGUUUGGCUAUGCCACCGAUGAAACAGAGGAGUGCAUGCCGCUGACUGUGGUGCUGGCUCAUCAAUUGAACGAAAAGAUUGCCGAGCUGCGUCGCUCUGAUGUGUUCUGGUGGGCUCGUCCGGACUCCAAGACCCAAGUCACCUGCGAGUAUCUGUUCAAUCAGGGCUCGGCAGUGCCCAAGCGUGUGCACACUGUUGUCGUCUCUAUGCAGCACUCUGAUAAGAUUUCGCUGGACGAUCUGCGCUCUGAGAUUAUGGAAAAGGUCGUCAAAGUUGUCAUUCCCGCCAAAUAUUUCGAUGCCAAUACCAUUGUGCAUAUUAAUCCUUGCGGACUGUUUGUCAUUGGUGGUCCCAUGGGUGAUGCUGGCUUGACUGGUCGCAAGAUCAUCGUUGAUACAUAUGGCGGUUGGGGCGCACAUGGCGGUGGCGCAUUCUCGGGCAAGGACUUCACAAAGGUGGAUCGGUCGGCUGCAUAUGCCGCACGUUGGGUGGCCAAGUCGCUAGUCAAGGCCGGUCUCUGCAAGCGUUGUCUCGUCCAAGUCUCCUAUGCUAUUGGCCUCGCCGAGCCGCUGUCCAUUACCGUCUUUGAUUACGGCACCUCACACAAGUCACAAAAGGAACUGCUGGCCAUAAUCAAGCAGAACUUUGACCUACGGCCUGGCAUGAUUGUGAAGGAUCUGAAUCUACGCCAGCCAAUUUACCAGCGCACGAGCACAUAUGGACACUUUGGACGCGCUGGCUUCUCGUGGGAGCAGGCAAAGCAUUUGGAAAUCAAUUGACUAGACGCUGAUAUUCCGUUGCCUCAGUCACCGUGCGCUAAAAGAUUGAAAACAUUAACAGACACAACAACAGCAGCCGCAACGUAAUUCUUAGUUUAUAGUUUAACAACUAAGUAAUAGACUUGGUAGCUUUUUGGACAUUCAUUUCUAAGCUAAACACACAAAACCACAAAACAAAAAAAAACACACACUUCUCUUUUUAAUUUAUAUUUAUACUCUGUAUAAACAAGCUCCAGAAGUAACCAAACCUAUGCCAAGAGAAUAUUGUUUUCUCAGUUUUAUAAAUUGUAUAAACAAAUUAAUUAAUUGCCUUUCCAAACAAUUUUAAACUUUUCUCAAGUUUUUAAUUAUACACAAAACACAUAUAUAUAUUUUUUAAACAUUGCUUUGUUGUCAUUUGUCCAUGUGGGGCCGUAACCAACAUUUUUAAAACAAAAACAAACUUAAUUGUACAUUUAACAACUCACACUUACACACGAGUUUUGUAUUUGCCGUAUUUUUCUUUACAAAAUAUACUUAAAAUACAUAAUUUUAACAUUUCUAAAAUGUGAUUUGAGGCGUUGCAAUUAAUAUCGUGUAGGUAUUUGACAUACAUACUAUUCAAAUUGAAUUAUUUACAUAAAGAUUGUAUGUAAUAAAUGUAUGUAUUCAUGUAAAUCACAAACAAAUAACUACAAAUAACGCUGCAAAAUCUUAAUGUACACAAAAGUGAAGUAGGUUACAAGCUUAAAUAUAAAUACAACGUUUGAACAAAAUAA